CAACAAGAUUUUUUUCUGAAUAGAAUUUGUGGAGUUCCCUCAUAUAGUCAUUGAAACCAUCUUUUUAAAAGCGUAACGUGAAUACUGCCGAAGCACUCGAACAGCUAAUAUGGAUUCACUCUCUGUAAAGGAAAUUUCUUGUCCAAUAUGCUGUGAAAUCUUCAAGUCGCCAAUUCUUCUGUCAUGCAGUCACAGUUUCUGCAAAGAGUGUAUUCAACAGUUCUGGAGAACCAAGAUUUCUCGGGAAUGUCCCGUGUGCAGGAGAAGAUCCUCAAAAGACGAUCCUCCGAGUAAUCUCGUGUUAAAAAACCUGUGCGAGUUGUUCGAGAGGGGCAGAAGUCAUGAGAGCUGUUCUUCAUCCGGGACCGAGGAAUUCUGCGGUUUACAUAAUGAGAGACUCAAACUCUUCUGUCUGGAGGAUAAACAGCCUGCGUGUUUAGUGUGCAGAGAUUCAGAGAAGCACGUCAGGCACACAUUCAGACCCAUCUGUGAAGUCAUUUCAUCAUGUAAGGUGGAGUUGGGCUUUUUACAAGAGAAGCUUAAACACAGAAAGAAGAUUAAAGUACAAUGUGAAAAAACACUUCAACACAUCAAGUCUCAGGCCGAGCACACAGAGUGCCAGAUUAAAUUAAAGUUCGAGAAGCUUCAUCAGUUUCUCCGAGAUGAAGAGGAAAUUGCAAUGACUUCACUGAGAGAAGAAAAGGAGCAGAAGAACCAGAGGAUGAAGGAGAAGCUUGAGGAGAUAAACGAACACAUCUCAGCUCUUUCACACACUAUCAGAGACAUGGAGGAGAUGAUGAAUGCCAAUGAAGUCUUGUUUCUAAAGAAUUUUUCAGUCACAAUGGAAAGGGUUCAGAGUUCACUGUCUGAUCCACAAAUGACUCCUGGAUCUUUGAUUCAUGUGGCGCGACACUUGGGCAACCUGCCAUUCAGAGUCUGGAAGAAGAUGCAAGACAUUGUUCACAACACUCCUGUGAUCCUGGAUCCAAACACAGCUCAUCCAGAUCUCCUCUUGUCUGAUGAUCUGACCAGUCUGAGAUGCAGCACUGAAAGUGGAGAUCUUCCCGAUAAUCCAGAGAGGUUUGAUGAGCAUUCGUGUGUUCUGGGCUCUGAGGGCUUUAACUCAGGAACACACUGCUGGGAUGUGGAGGUGAAGGAGAGCUCGUCCUGGGGUCUGGGAGUGACUACUGCCUCAAACCAGAGAAAGGGUUGUGAUUUCUUUGACUCGGGUGUGUGGAGUGUGCAGUACAGACUGUUUGAAGAGUCUGGUUUUCCAGUUGGGCAGAAGCUGGAGCGGGUGAGGGUACAGCUGGACUAUGACAAAGGAAGGGUGUCAUUCUCUGACCCUGUAACUAACACACAUAUACACACAUUCACAACCACCUUCACCGAGACAGUCUUUCCAUUCUUAUACAGCUUUACUUAUCUCUGGAUCUUACCCAAUUCCUUGUAAAAAAUAAUACCUAUGAACAGUAGUGUGUUUACUGUAGAUCCUGCCAUAAACCGCUGUUCAUAAUUACCUAUUAUGCUUUGCAUGUAUGCAUUAAUAGGAUGCUCCAAACUUGAUUCGUAUAUAGUCACGCUUGGACAGCUUUGAAUUGAUAGUUUUAAUCUAUUCUUCUUGCUUUUAACGUCUUUGAACUAAUACUGCUGUUGACCAGCACCACAUUCUGGAGUAUCACUAUCUCUAAAGUCAGGGCCGGAGUGGGACUCAAUUUAAGCCCUGGAGUUUCAAGACAGACCGGCCCACCUCAGUUCACGACUGAUUCCAAUUCAGUUUCUAAUGACACUAUCACGUCUUUUUCAAGAAAACAGCUGCUUUAGAAAUUCAACUGUCCAACAGCCCUAACAGUAUUAUAUCUUAAAGGGCCAUGAAACCCCCUCGUUUCAGCAGGGUGUUUUCACACCUCUACUUUCGAAAAAGUCAGAAAAGUGGGCGUGUCCAGCUCUGUUUAGGGGGGAGUGUCGGAGGAACUAAAGUGGGAUGGUGUGGGAGUGUCUAUUUGUGCACGCGCGAGUUUCAGAGUCAAAAUACACACCCACACAGACAGGAGAAAGCGAUGGUGUUUAACCUACAUGGACAUCUGUAGUCGAAUUAUUUGCUGAAUUAAUAAAUGUUGGACUUUAA